AGCCUCUUCGUAUUUGUGACUUUUCGCUUCUAACAUCGUGUUGUAGAAGAAAGAAGAUGGAAGAACUCUAUGACUAUACUCGGCAUAGACAUUGUAUUAGUAUGGAUUUGGGCCAUGACUUCAUCACCUCUGAAGCGAUAAAUAUUAAUGGACUUACAAGAACUAUUGGAAGAUUUCAAUUCAAAUACCGUACCUCAAUUUUAUAUGACACAACCACCAGAAAUGUCAUUGCCAGAGGAAACGAGGCCGAUGAAGCGAAUGAGGAUCCGAAAGGGUUUCAGCAAGGCGUUAUUUAUGUACGCAACAUUUUUAGCGAGCUCGUCAAAAUUUAUUCAAAAUCCGAGCAAAAAUCUCUCGAUAAUACGGCCCAAUACGCGGUCUUUUACGAGGCAGCUGUAGACCUGUUACAAGAACUACUUGAUGAUUAUAAGCAAGAGUUAAAUAGUUUAAAUAUGGAUUUUUAUUAUACUUUGGUUCUUCCAACCAAUUGGGAUUAUAAAACAAGAGAAGGCUUGUUCCAGCCUCUAUUCGUAAAAGCUGGUCUUAUCCAUAAAAAUGAUGGUCAGGGCAGGUUGGUGUUUUUUUCAGUGUUAGAGUUAAACUUUCAGAACAUACAGAUAGAUAGACCAUUCCGUAAGGGCGUAGAAUUAAAGCAUGGUGAUCAGUACGUUAUGUGUACAGUAGAUUAUCAAGGUAUAUCUUCUGUGGAUUUGCAAUUGGUAUCAGCUCAAUAUCCUGCAUUCAUAUCAGCAGAAAGAAAAUGGGCACCACAAUUAUUAAAACAAGUUCAUAUUGAAAUGCCCUAUGGAUCAGAUCAAUUACGAUUGUCACUAAUAGCAUGUUUAAAAAAGCAUUGUGGUACUACGUUAUCAUCAGAAUUUAUCGACGAAAUGCUUUUAAUUAUCAGUGAAGGCUUCAAUUUUUUUAAAAGUAUACAAAUCUCGUUUCAGAUUGUUUUAUCCAGAAGGCCGUUUGAACACUUAGAAUAUCGCGAGUUUGAGAGGUACGGAUUAAACAGAAGAGAAAUCGAUGCUAUGAAAUCAGUCACUAUGGAGGACAUAUUUAAACAUUUUUCUGUACCUGCUGAAAAAGUCUUUGAAAAUGAAUCAAGUAAAUUUCUAGCGGGCACGAGCAUCAUAAAAAUUAAGUCGAUAUUCAUCUUUUACACAACUCGAGCCAAUAGCAUUUCUAAAGCAUUAUGGUUAACCCCAUUACUUGAAAAGUGGACAAAACAGUAUAAAGACGAACUAAAUUUUUUUCCCAAAUUAAUCGGAUAUCGUAGAUGUUCCGUAUUCUGUGAUAUUGACGAUUCUGCCCGGGAAGUAAUAAUUAAACAGCUUGUAGCAAAUCAAAUGAAAGAAUUUAACAAGCGCAGAAACCCAGUCAUACUACCAAAGGAAACAACAAUUCAACAACCUAAUAGUUGGUUGAAGCCUAUUAGUUUCAUCAAUAUAGACAUAUCGCUUACACAAAUUAAGACUACUUUAACAUACCUAGAUAAAGAUAGACAGGUUGAACAGAUGCAAAGUAUUGAAUGCAAUAUGCAACCAUUGAUUAGUUUCAUCAAGAAAUCAGAAUUAUAUCAAAGACCGAUACUACAGAUACCAAAUAGACUGAAGACAUGUCUAAAAAAGAUUUUUGGUGACCAUCUUAAAUUAUACUCAAGUUACAAAAUAAGUGUGAAAAAAAGAACACUAGUGAACCAAGUAUCCAAAUUACUUGGCCGAGCAUCCCGAAAAAUACAGAGGAGAAGAAUUUUAAGCAAUUAUGAAUGGAUAAAAUCACGCAGAAAUCGACAAAAGGAAAUCAGGAGAUUAUUUCUUUCUGCACAGCCAAACCUAUUUAAUCAGCUUACGGCAAACCUUAAAGUGGAAGAUCUUUUUGUGUCAAAAGCUAAAUUUUGGGGUUCGGAUAGCGAGUCAUUUACUACCUGUCAUCCAGGUUAUAUAUUAUUUUUUUUGAUCACAUAUCUGCAUUGCCUCAACAAGAAAAUAGAGGAAGCACUAAAAAUUAAUUUAGGAAAUAAUUGGCAAGCCAAUAACACUUGGUAUGGCGUCUCUAUUGAUAAAAACUUACUGGAUAAUGUAUUCAGUUCAAUAAAAAACUUGGAACAAUUAUUCUUUGCAAGUGGAAUACUCGGGAAGGACGACGAACUCCGAAAAGUCAAAUUCUGCACUCGUGGAGAAGAAAUUCUACCAGCUAUUCAACACAAGUAUCAAUAUUUGGACUUUAGGUUGAAAUCAUACUUUAUUGUUGCACAGAUAUAUUCGAAGCAUAUCCAACUCAGUUUGCAUCAAGUGGUUAAACUGGCAUUACCCGGAGAAGAUCCAGCGUCCAUCAUUAUCCAAGACAAAAUAAUUUACAUUGAACAUGUAUAUGAUACGCUUUGUAAGAAUUUUAUGAAAUUUAUACAAGCCAACUGCCAAGUUAAUCAUUGCGCCACACAUACAAAUAAGGAACGUAUACAAUAUGAUUUUCAGUCAUUUGGGACAUAUAGCAAUAUUUAUCGAAAUAUGAGACCAUGCAUUGUUGAGCUGCUGAAUAUCAACCCGAACUGCAAUUGCAGUAUUAGCAUAUUUCUUCGUGAUAUUAUUGAAUUAGGCCUUAUUCCAGUGAUAGAAAGUAUAACAACAGAUAUAGUGGCUUCUUUGACUGACAAAACGUUAUUCGGAAACUAUGUGCCGAAUUAUAUUUUUGUGUUUGGAGAUCCGUUCAAUCUGAGACAGGGUUCAAAGAUCCACAUCUCAUACACCAUGAUUAUGCAAAAAGCGAUUGAUGACGGCGUAUAUAUUAAAGAAAAAGAUACAAAGACAUUUGUACUAAGAGAAUCAGUUUCCCAAUUGCUGGAGAUGUCUUUACCUAAAAAAAAGCCUUACAUGCUUGAAAGGUUUGUCACUGGAACUUUGUGCCAAGUAUCAAGCGAAACAUUUGCUCUGAGGGUUACAGUUUCCUACACAAACUAUCACUACGCUUUCACCCGAAUAAAUAGUGAUGGUGAUAUCAAAAAUAAUAUUGCAGAAGAUGGCAGUUAUUUUGUAUUUAUUCAGAAAGGGAAGCCAAUUUCAACAAAGGGGAUUAGAAUUCAAGUUGAUGGAGAACACGAUUGCAAAUUAGAAAUUCUUCAAUUAGAAAGUUCAACCAAUACUGGUCCGGACAAGUAUGAUUUGUUACACAGCGACACUUCUGGUGCAACUUAUGACAUAGCAUGGGAAUAUUUGUUGAGUAAUACUAUCAAAAAGUUUGUUGUAGAAUAUGAACAGAUUAGCGAUAAUUUAUUUAUCAAAGUAUCAAGAGGAUGUAUGGGCCAUAUUAAUGACUAUAUUCAUAAACCUUAUUACCAAUCCCUAAAUAUUGCCGAGCCAUUGACACUCGCUUAUAUUUAA